AUGCGGUACGUGGCGGCAUACUUGUUGGCGGUACUUGGGGGGAAUGAGAAUCCUUCCGCCAAGGACAUCAAACAGAUCCUCAACAGCGUCGGCGUGGAUGCCGAGGAAGACCGACUCGCCCUCGUUAUCAGCCAGCUGAAGGGGAAGGACGUCGAAGAGGUCAUUGCUCAAGGCAAUGAACGCCUGGCUACUGUAGCAUUCGGGGCAGGGCUGGCGUUGCUGCUGACGCUGACAAAUCAAGAUAAGCCAGCAGAUGAUGAUUCUGACUCCGACUCUGACGGAGGACUUAUCUCCCUUUUCGACUGA